GAAAAAAAGGAGCCUGUGGGAUAGCUUAGCAGAUAAGGGUGCUUUGGUGCCAAGGGUGACAACCUGAGUUCAAUGUCCAGAACACAUGAUGGAGAAUCAACCAGCCAACUGUCCUCUGAUCUCAUACAUACAGUGUGACACAUGCAUGUCUGCACUUACACACACGUACAACAAAUAAAUGAACAUUUAAAGAAAGAAUGAGGGCCGGGCGGUGGUGGUGUACGCCUUAAAUCCCAGCACUCGGAAGGCAGAGCCAGGCGGAUCUCUGUGAGUUCAAGGCCAGCCUGGUCUACAGAGGGAGCUCCAGGACAGGUACCAAAACUACACAGAGAAACCCUGUCUCGAAAAAAACAAACAAACAAACAAACAAAAAAAGAAUGAGGAUCAGACAGUGACCAUGUAUCUAGGAUAAUGAUCUGACAGAGGCUAUAUUUUUGUUGAGAUUUGCCGUGUGUGUGUAGUCCAGUCCUGCCUCAAUCUCUCACAUGCGACCACAGGCCUGUCAAAAAACUAACUCUUUAAACCAUUACUAUUAACAGAAACCCCUUUAGCCAGAGCCUUUCAUCCUAUGGAAAUUCAUCUUUUGAACAUCAGACAUAAGACUUAAAAUCAGGCUCAAUAUUCAUCAGGUUGUCCACUACAAAAGCAGCAAAUGGCUUAUGAGUCAUGAAAAGCAGCACAGAGGAGCCUGAACAGUCACUGGCACCUUUUCCUUGUUACAGACAUCACGGCAAUGAUGCAGGGAGAGAGGCUAGGAAAGCGGCAUGGAAGCCCCUGCCAAGCUACUUCCUGAAAGGUUAUCACUUUAUGGAAGAUUAUGCAUCCCACGUGUCCAUCCUAUCUCUUUGGGUUUCAGUUUUUUCUGUGUGUAAAUUUAUGAUAGCUAUCUUUUUUAAAAAGAUUUAUUUAUUUAUUAUGUAUUCAGAAGAGGGUACCUCAUUACAGAUGGUUGUGAGCCACCAUGUGGGUGCUCGGAAUUGAACUCAGGACAUCUGGAAGAGCAGUCAGUGCUCUUAACCUCUGAGCUAUCCCUCCAGCCCGAUAGCUAUCUUAAGAUAGUCAUUACAAGGAUUAAAUAAAUUAAUGUAUGGAGAGGGAUUUUAGAAGCCAUACAGAUGUGGGGUAUAUUACUUUUUCCCAAUGCUGCAAACUUGACAUUUUUACAUACUUCAGAAGUUAGUACAGUGCAUAGCAAAGAACAUGUGUUCAGAUAGUGUUUGUUGUAUGAAUUUGUGCACAAAUAAUUAGGAAAUCCUCCCAAGAAGUAUUGUCUGGGACUGAAGGGUUAAGAGACCCAGCAUUCAUAAGAUGGCUCACAAAUGCCUGUAACUCCAGCUCCAGAGGAUUCAAUAUGCUCUUCUGGCUUCUGUGGGGAACUCCACUCACAGGCACCCCCCCCCCACACACAUAUACAUAAUUAAAAAUAAAUCUUUAACUGGCUGCUCUUCCAUAGGACCAGGUUUUGAAUCCCAGCACCCACAUGGUAGCUCAAAACUUUCUUUAGCCCCAGUUCCAGGGAAUCUAAGGCACUUUUCUAGCCUCAAUGAGCACUUACAUGCAGGCAAAACACCCAAACAUAUAAAAUUAAAAUAAAAAAAAUCGUUCAUGUCUAUCUUGGUCAUGGAAAGACAAUAUAACCUAAGCAGAAAAGACAGAAAUGAACGAGCCUACCUAGACUUACAGCACAAAGGCAGAGAGAGAGAGACACACACACACAGGCAAGGAGGAAGUAAUAAGUCACAGAAACCUAGCAGCUAGGAAAGUCUAGAUGUAGGUUCAAAGUCAAAAGAAGUCAUCUGCUGAGUUACCAGUUGAAGUGUUAUCAGAUAUCAUGAAAGAUAGCCUUGCCUGUUAUGGGUCUUUCAUCUUUAAGGGGAUACAAACAUAAAAAAUAAUGAAGUAUUCCCCCAAACAUCAAAAAGCAGUUCCCUCAGAGCAAAGUUUCAAGUCACCUCUAACAACACAGACUUCAUCAACUUUAGAAGAUAACAGACAGCUGAGUUUGUUGGUGCAUGCCUUUAAUCUCAGCACUCAGGAGGCAGGGGCAAACCAGGAAUACAUAGCUGACCCUGUCUCAAAAGAAAACAAAACAAGCUCUUGCUAGUGUCCUCAUUAGAGGGACAUAGUCUUUAAACCCUGUGGGGCAACCCCUGAUGCACCGCCAUGAUGCCCGGGGAAGACAAGUCAACCUGGAAGUCCAACUACUUCCUUAUUUUGGAUGAUUACCCAAAGUGCUUCAUUGUGGGAGCAGACAAUGUGGGUUCCAAGCAGAUGCAGCAGAUCCGCAUGUCCCUGCGAGGGAAAGCUGUGGUACUGAUGGGCAAGAAUACCAUGAUGCACAAGGCUAUGGGGGGGGGGGGGGGGGGCAUGGAAAACAAUCCAGCUCUGGAGAAACUGUUGCCUCAUAUCCGGGGUAAUGUGGCCUUUGUGUUCACCAAGGAGGACCUCACUGAGAUUAGGGACAUGCUGCUGGCCAAUAAGGUGCCGGCUGCUGGCCGUGCUGGUGCCAUCGGCCUGUGUGAGGUCACUGUGCCAGCCCAGAACACUGGUCUGGGGCCCAAGAAGACCUCCUUCUUCCAGGCUUUAACCAUCACCAGGGACAUUCUGAGUGAUGUGCAGCUGAUAAAAACUGAAGACAAAGUAGGCGCCAGUGAAGCCAUACUGCUGAACAUGCUGAACAUCUCCCCCUUCUCCUUUGGGCUGAUCAUCCAGCAGGUGUUUGACAAUGGCAGCAUUUACAACAUCACAGAGCAGACUCUGCACUCCCGCUUCCUAGAGGGCGUCCGAAAUGUUGCCAGUGUUUGUCUGCAGAUUGGUUACCCAACUGUUGCCUCAGUGCCACACUCUAUCAUCAAUGGGUACAAGCGGGUUCUGGCUUUGUCUGUGGAGACUGAGUACACCUUCCCACUUGCUGAAAAGGUCAAGGCCUUCUUGGCUGAUCCAUCUGCAUUUGUGGCUGCUACCCCUGUGGCCUCCACCACUGAUGCUCCUGCUGCCGCUGCAGCCCCAACCAGGGCUCAAGCCAAGGAAGAGUCGGAGGAAUCAGGGGAAGAUAUGGGAUUUGGUCUCUUUGACUAAUCCCCUCAAAACAACCAACUCAGCCAGCUAAAUUUGAGAAACAUGGAAAUAAAAGCUUACUUCUGUUAAAAAAAGAAAGAAAGAAAGAAAAAAAGAAAAAACAAACAAAAGAACAUGUCCCCCUAAAACAAAACAAAACACAAAGAAGAUAGUAGAUAAAGGUAGACUUUUAAGAGUUUAGACAAAAGACAAGUCUCACUCAUUCAUACCACACCACACAGCCUUGCUGAAGGGAUACAGGUGUAAGAUAUGCUAGAGACUGCUGCCCAGUAGCAAAAUGAAGAGUUUUCCAUACAUUCUAAAAACACCUGCAGUUUAGCCCUAUUCCAUAAAUUCAAGUAAAACCAACCAAACACAGAAGCCACACAGGAAAUCUUUUUCAGUCCAGCAUUAUUUUUUGCUUGUUUUCUUUUUAAUCUCAAGAUUAUGUUGAAUAGUAACAGAAAAUGAUUAAACAGCUUUAUAGGUUUAAACAGGGUUAUAGGUUGGAUGUCUUUUUUGGGACAGGGUCUCUCUUUAGCUCUAGCUGUCCUGGAAUUUGCUUGUAAACCAGGAUGGCCUUGAACUCACAGAGAUAUGCCUGCUUCUGCCUCCCAAGUGCUGGAAUUAAGAGUGUACACCACUGACCAGCUAUAACAUUUCUUUAUUUUAUUGCAUUUAAGUAAUUUUAUCCCUUUUUACUGUAAAAGGAACUAAGCAUUCAGUAACCAUAAUACUGCAGCAGUAAUAACAUAAUAGAUGAAAGGGCUUUGUGAGCUUACCUAAACAAUCAUUGUGAACGAACAGUAGGAAAAUACAGGAUGUUCUCCUAUAGCUACCCCCAUGACCACGGAGCACGUACUGCAAAUACAUCCAGAAGGGUGGACUAAUAAUAUACUCUCUUAUCACCGUGCCUUGUCUUGUCACACAUUGCUUAUUUUUGUUCUUCAAAGUUGCAUGUAUUCCUACUUACGUGACUAUCUUAGCAUCAACAACAUUUGGAAUGAAUACUUAUCACAGCUAGCACAGUAAACAGUAUGGGUUCGUGGGCCAUGCUGUCUGCAUUUCCUUCUUGGGUAGAUUCAAUGCCUUAAGUUACUUAUGGGGGAAAUAAGAAUAUCUCUUUCCAAGUCAGAAGAAUCCGCUGUAAAGCAGUUGGAACAUGGCCUAGCAAGCUCUCUAUGCUUAGUGAAUGUUAGCUAUUUUAAUCACCACCCAUCUUCUGAAGAAUAGUAGUAUUCUGAAAUAUGAUAGAUAUUUUGGGUCUAAGAAAUAAAACUAAGUUUAAAGAGCAUCUCUGGAGGUUUCAUCUUAAAUAAAUUAGAUCCUUUGUAGCAAAGCAACACAGAACUAGACUCCUAGUCAAUGUAGUCCUCCUCAUUCUGGUAAGCAUAUUCUUAACUUCCUUAGUGACUUCUUAGGUCUUUUCUCCUCUUUCAUUUAGUGAUUCUCCAUCCAAAGAUAUGUGAAAAAAAAAAAAACAGAGCUUGUAAAUCUAUAAACUUGUCAAA